GGGGCGGGGCCUGCGUCGAGGGCGGGGCCUGCUGCGUCCGGUAUCCUAGCAACGGUCCUAGGGGGGCUGUUGAGCCGGCGGCUCCUUAAAUGGAGCCAGAAGUGCUGGAUGAAAGCAACCCCUUUACCGUAGAAGGCGACCACCUGAUUCCAGACCUGGACCUGUAUGAUGCCGACAUCUACGACGUCCCGGACCCGGGACUGCUCAACGAAGAGGAUGAGUCAUCGUUUAAGGAGCCGGCCCCACGGCUUUUUACAAGCAACUCUCGGUGGCAGAACGUGACCCUGAGCGCCCGUGCCCGCCAACUGUGGCUGCUCCUGCGUACAGGCCUCCAGACGUUUGUGGAAAAGGAAAAGAGAGCUGAGCUGCGCGUGGCGCACUUGACGCACGGGCUAGAGCUGCUGCGCCGCCUGGAGGUGGCAGCCGGGCUGUGUUCGGUGGCACAGGACCCCGUGGGCAGACGCUUCGUGGUGCUGGACGGUGCGGGCCGCCUGCACCUGCGCAGAGAGGAUGGCUGGGCGCAAGAGAAGCUGCUGGCUCCGGUCGCGCUUACAGGGCUGGUAGCAGUGCUGGGUGAGCUGGGCACUGUGGGCCGCUUUGUGGGCUGGGGCCCAGGGGGCCUGGCCAUCCUAAGGUCCGACCUCAGCCUGCUGUGGCAGAGUAAGCCAGUGGAGCGCAGGGUGCCGGGCCGCGAGCCAGUCUGCUGCCUGCCGGUGCCCGACCCCAGGCUGCUGCUGGUGGCGGAGGCGGGUGGAAGCCUGGCGCUCUGGAAGUUCCGUGCAGGGGGUCGCUGCCUGGUUCCCCAUGGGUCCCCUCUGCAGCUGCCACCAAGCCUCUCGGGUGCGCUUGGCCGUCUGGCUCUGGGGCCUCGGCAUCCCCCUCACGUCCCAUGCUGCUGCGCAGCCUGCGGCUCAGCCGUGCUCACCUUUGAUCUGCACACCUGGGCUCUCACAGAUGUGCGUCGGGAUCUGCACAAAACCACCAUCUCCGACCUGGCGUACUGUAGAGAGGUGGGGGCCAUGGUGACAGCUUCCCGGGACAGCACGGUGAAGGUGUGGGAGGCUGACUGGCAGAUCCGGAUGGUGUUCGUGGGACACACAGGCCCGGUGACUGCGGUGGCCGUGCUCCCGAACACGGCCCUCGUGCUGUCGGCUUCGCAAGACGGGACACUGCGCACGUGGGACCUGCAGGCAGGGGCGCAGGUGGGUGAGGUGGCGCCGAGCCGCCGGGGCCCGAGCGAGCCGUCGGAGACCGUGAGCCAUCUGCUGGCUCCCGCCGGGCCCGGCUGGCCCUUGCUCUCCGUGCGCGCCCACAGUGUGGAGCUGUGGCGCGUGCGGGAGCUCUACUCGCCAUUGGCCCAGCUGUCGGCGCCGGUGCUCCACCUGCAGGUGGCGCCGGCGCUGCCUUCGCCCACGGCCCCGCAAGCGCAGCUGCCCACGCGCCUCGUGUGCGCCUGCGCCGACGGCGCCGUCUACCUGGUGUCAGUCUCCAGCGGACGCGCCGUGAGCGUGCUUCUGCUGGAGCCCGAGGACUGCGCGGCCGCCGUGGCCUACUGCCUGCCCCGCGAGGUGCUGUGGCUGCUGACGCGCGCCGGGCACCUGCUGUGCGCCAACGCAGCACGCAGCCCCAUGCGCGUGCUGCACCGCCUGUGCCCGCCACCGCCCCCGGCGCCCUGGCCCUGCUGCCUGCACCUAUACAGCCACCUCACGGACCCCCGGAGCGCGUUCGCCACCUGGGAGAUAGUGCGACAGUACAAGGGCGAGCUGUGCCGCAGCGACGUGGCUGGGGCCUGGAAGGACAAGAACUGGUACCUGCUCGUGGUGGGGCACACUGAUGGCACCCUAUCCGUACUCGAGUUGCGUUCCUCGAAGACGGUCUUCCGUACGGAGGCGCACGGCCCAGGCCCCGUCACCGCCAUUGCGUCCACCUGGAACAGCAUCGUGUCCUCGGGGGGAGACUCGACCGUGAAGAUGUGGCGCGUCUUCCCAUAUGCCGAGGAGAGUCUGCGCCUCCUGCGCACCUUCUCCUGCUGCCACCCGGCAGUGGUGCUCUGCGCCCUCGGGAAUCGCAUCAUCGCGGGCUUCGAGGACCUGAACAGCGCCACCUAUGGCUUGGUGCAGUUUGGCCUGGGUAACAGCCCAUGCUUUGAUCGCCGGCCCCAGGAUGACCCCACGGACCACAUCACCGGCCUGUGCUGCUGCCCCACGCUCAAGCUGUACGCCUGCUCCAGCCUGGACGGCACCAUCCGCAUCUGGACCGCGGAGAACCGCCUACUGCGGCUCCUGCAGCUGAACGGUGCUCCUCAGGCCCUGAGCUUCUGCAGUAACAGUGGGGACCUAGUGCUGGCCCUGGGCUCCUGCCUCUGCCUCGUGGCCCACAGGCUCUACCUGCCCACAUCUUACCUGAUUAAGAAGCUGUGCCAGGAUGUCCCUGAUGUGGUGGAUGACCCUCCACUGCCGCUGACCAGCCAGGAGUCGAUGAUCCCAGCCCAGCUGCAGAGGCUCGCCAACUUGCGUGGGGUGGCCAGCCUCAGCACAGCCUCGUCUUUCAUCCAUCACCAGACGGCCACGCCUCAGCAGCCAGUGUUAGAGAAGGACCUGGAAGCCUUCAUUGCCCGGGACCAAGACCUUCAGCAGCUGAAGCUGGGGCUGGUGGGCCCUGCAGCCCGGCCCCCACCCUCCUGGCAGCAGUGCCAGGAGGCCUUUGAUAACUACUUCCGUCUGAUUUAUGGCCCUGGUCUGCUGGGCAAGUAUUCCAGAGGAGAAUCCCAGCAGUGGCGCACCGUGACCCUCACGGUGGAGAGACAGACCUGGGACGUGUGCGCCCUGCCCAGAGAUGUCCCCGAUCUCGGGGGCGUUGAAGCCUCGCCACCACAGGCCCUUGGGACCCUGGGCCAGCGCUUUGCCCGCCCUCCCCGAGUGCCCUUGCCUCCCCCCGGCACCCCCCGGAUGCUGCACAGCAGAGCGUCACAGCUGCUGGCCCGCUCCUCCCCGAGCCGCGAACUGGGCCUUAGUCUGCAGCUGCAGCUGCAGUUGGAGCGGCUCCACGGGGAGAAGCCCGUGGCCCCAGAUCCACCGUCCUCCCACCUGCAGCGCAGGACCCCCCUGCUGCUGAAGAGGCGGCCCCAGGAGCGCCUCUCCAAGCUCAGGGGCUUCCUCCCUGCCGCUGUUCAGCCCUAUGGGCACUGGCGGCGGCCCAUCCGCUUCCCGGGCUGCGAGCCCAACUCGGUGGUGCUGCAGCAGAUGUGGCUGCCUGUGGAGGGCGGCGGGAGCCAGGACGACCUGUGGCAGCUGCGGGGCGGCAGGCGGCCGCGUGCCAAGCGGCAGGAGAAGCUGAUCCAGUUUUUGGGAGAGGAGGGGGAGGAGGAGGACGACGAGGAGGAGGGGCAGGAUCUGGACUGGGCGUCGGAUUCGCUGGGCUCCCACAGGCAGCUCUCUGACCAGCUGCUGGAGUCCGAGGAGCAGGAGGCUCAGGUGGGCGUCGGGGGCUGGGCUGGGCAGCGGCGCGGGAGCUGCCUGGGGAGGACCUGUCUUCACUGCCCCCAGUUCCACUAUGGGCACUCGCUCUGGGAAGAGCGCUACGGGCAUCUGCCUAGGUUCCUGCAUUUUUUCGUCGGCCAGAACUGGUUCAAAAAGCUCUUCCCCAUCUUCACUCUGCAGGCGUACCCCGAGGUGGGCACGGUGGAGGGCCUGGCCUCGCUGUUCACGGACCUGCUGGACGAGGCCUCUUGGGCAGACCGUGUGCACAUCCUGCACGCGCUGCUGAGGCUGCGGCCCGACGUCAGCAGAGACCUCUGUAGCCGGCUGCAGGGCAUCCUCGUGCGUCUGCUCAACCUGGACCAGCCCCCCAGCCUCCAGGACGGGACGCAGAAGCAGUUUGUGAUGCUGGCGCUGCAGCUGCUCCUGGCCUGCUCCCUGGAGUCCCGCGAGGUGGUGCUGGAGCUCCUGUGCUACUUCCUUUACUCGCCAGCCUCCUGCCGGCCGGAGCUCAGGAAGCUGCUGGAUGGACUCGGCCUUCAGGACCCGCAGGGCUUCCUGUUCAAGGAGAUGAUGACCUGGGCCCAGGGCUCGGACCUCGCCUCCAAGGCCGCACUGCGCAAGCGCUGCUGCCAGAAGCUGGAGGAAAUGAUCUGGCAGCUGAAGGAGGCCCUGUCGCAGAUUUCCAUGGUCUCUGGGGCGACUGUUCAUAUCUCUGUGAUGCCCUCAAGCAUCUCCCAGACGCCCUCACCGGUGGUCUCACCCGGAGAGCCGGACUUGGCUGCCCUGGAGUCGCAGGCCCAGCAGACGCUCGCACAGAUGAGCUUUGGGCAGACCCGACGAUGUGCACUGUCUGAGAUACUGAUGCACUUCUGCCCCUUGCCCGAGGCCCACUUGCGAUCCUCCGCACCAGCUGCGGAGGAUGAGCCACUGUCUCUGGAGCAGACGAACUGGUCACAGUCAGAAAUGCUGGACCUGGGGCCCAUCGACGCGCUCAACUUCUUCUGCGCGCAGCAUCGGGCUCGGCAGCAGGGCCCCCUGCAGGAGGAGCCCAAGAGCCCGCCGCCUCGCCCGCCCCCACGGAGGCCCAGCAUGGUGGUGCCACAGCCCCGGGAACCCCGGCACCACUCCAUCCUCCGGCUUCAGGAGGCCAAGGUCCAGAGGUCUCCAAUGAAACUGAGGGGCCAAAUGCUGUCCCGGCUCUGGGCGGGCCGCACCCUGGAUGGCGCCAUCCGGACGCUGAAGCUGCCACUGCCCCGGGUGGAACUGCAGCCUUUCCCCCCAGACUGGCCCAGGCCUGCCCAUCCGCUGCCCCCGCAGCUCCUGCAGCCUGCCCUGCAACGCUACUUUCUGCCAGAUGACACGGACCCUGACAGCUACAGCUGAGCUGGGUGGUGACCCUGACCUGACCCUGCCUCCCCCUCUUCCCUCCAGCAUGGAGUCAGGACAUGGCUCUCCAGCCGGCUGUUCACCCCAGCCAAGGCCCAGGGCCGGAAUAAAGUCCAGAGGCCACGGCCAGCACACUGGAUGCCGCCUUCACCUUUGGGGGCCACUGAUGUGGGCAGGGGGGUCUGGCUGGUGUGUCACGCACCUGCUGGUGGCCAGCUGCAUGUGUGAGGCAGGAGCUGGGGGACUGGUGGGGUCUGGGAUGGGACAGGGUCUGGGCUCCAGUCAGCACGUGGUAGAGCAGCGUUCUUGGUGGGGGAGGGCCUGUCUGCCCAGAGAGGGAACCCACCGCACGGGCGUGGCCCUGCUCAGCCUCGGUGCUCAGUUAAUUACCGGGGUCAGGAGGAGAGGGGGAGACUUAACGGGUGGGCCGGGGAGAGGGGAGGGUCUGGGUGGUCCCAGGUGUGUGUGUGGGAACUUGCAGUCAUUUGAUGCAGGUGAAACCAGGAGUCCGUCGGAGCUUUGCUACCUCUAGGCUGGAAAGGAGAAAAAUUAAUGAAGAGACCCCGGGGUGCUUUAUCCAAGAAGCAGUGAAGGGGCAGUGUUCUCUGGACCUUUCAACUUAAAAGUCACCAGGAGAUUUACCUUGUCUGUGAAGCACAGGGUCUCGGGGCCUCGGCCUUCUUCUGAACUGCCAUGACCUCAAAGGGCACUGACCCAACCACACGUGGAGCCCACGUGCGCACCGGCUAUUAGGACGGCUUUUGUGAAGGGCCUGUUCUAGCUUUCUAUAUCCCGCUGCUGGGUUGCCUGAGCAGCGAUUUCUUUCCUGUAUUUUCAGCCUCUGACUUUAGACAUUUCUGCCCAAUGGCUCUGUGGUUAAACUUGGUCUCCCACACCUUUCCCACAGCCCCUAACCUGUGCAGGGGCUCUUGUUAUAGGGCUGCUGUGGGCAGCUGUUUCCUAGGCCAAGGAGGGCCAGAAGUGCCAGGUCCAGAUAACUGAAAGACUUGACUUUCUUAUAAAAGGAACUGCACCUGCUAAAACAAGGACUGGGAGGUCCGUAGUAGUCUGCAUCUACUGGUGUUUCUAUGUUUCGAAUUACAGAAGCAAUAAAUGCUUUAAAAAAUACAGACAUGGGAAUUCCCUGGCAGUCCAGUGGUUAGGACUCCGCGCUUUUACUGCUGAGGGCUCAGGUUCGAUCCCUGGUUGGGGAACUAACAUUCCGCAAGCCAUGUGGUGCAACAAACAAACAA